GCCCUUCAUGUGUGCUGUCCCAGGACUAUGCAGGGUCUGCACAUUAGAAGGACGUGCAGAGCCUGGGAGAGCAGCACAGUAUGGAGGGGAGCGGAGACCCAGUGCCCCCUACAGAAAGUGGACCGCAAGAAAGAUCAAAGGCUCCUACGAGGAUAUUUUGGGGUUUCCUGGCCGUGGCUUUGCUCUUCUCCAUAGUGGGAAUAAGUGUGGUUGGAGUGUUGGGCUGGAAAGAUAAUAAAACAAAGCCUCUGUUACAGGUCGUCCGACUGACCUACAAAAACCUGCAGGGUUCCUCAGUAAACCAGUCUGCCAUUACCGACAGGAAGAGGAAUACAGUCACUUAUCGGGUCACUUCCAGGAACCAGACCUCCGUGGUGUUAUAUGACAGCAAACAUAGUCUGGUCUGCUAUAAGGCUGCUGGAGAGAAAUCCUGUUUCCUGCGUCGCAUGGAAAUCCGAGAUGUAGAAAACAUUCAAUCCUUCUUAAAUAUAUCUGUGCCCAAGGAUGGGGUCCUUUUGCAGAACAAUAGGACGCGCUACUACCGAGAGUUCCUAGGAGUGCUUGCCGGACGGAAGGUCAACCAUGAGCUUGUAGGGGAGCCUGUACAGCACUUGUGUGACCAGCUCCCUAUAUACUGGGUGAAGAAGAGUGAAGGUCCAACAAGACGUCUCAUUUAUCUCUGCAUAGACAUCUGUUUUCCCAACAACAUCUGCGUGUCCGUCUGUUUCUACUACCUGCCUGACUAAGCUGGACCUGAUGGCGCCGGCCCCACGCGGCUCUGCCCGGACCCCUUGAAGCAGAUUUGCACAUAGUUCGGCACUUCUUAUUUUUUUUUUGUGUUUAUAAAAUGUUUGACCUUUUUUGUGCAGCUGGACUGUGCUGCGUUUUGCACAUUCCCUACUAAUGAAACAGUGUCUGGCAGCAGUUGUUUGGUUCUCAUUCAUCACCAGUCAAAAAAUAAAAAAAAAGACUUUUUAUCCAUGAAUAAUAAUUGUUUUAGAUGUUGCUUAAACCAGUGACUUUACAUGAUGAAGCUUGUGAGAUGGUCCGGGUGCAGCCCUGACCUCCAUUCUAUAAAAGCUGGAGAAGUAUAGUAAUGGGCGGGACAGGGUGUUACAUAAGGGUUUGUCCUGUGUUGUUCAAUAAAGUUUAUUGAAUGCA